UGAAGAAAACGACGCUCCGCAAGUAAACACACACACGCUUGAUAAGAUGCGCACAGCGCUUUCAAUGAGUUUUGUCAGACAUGCUGAUUUAUUGUCGGUGGUGGUCAAGAGGACUGGAUCACUUCAUUGGCCAAAGACAAAUAGGCCUAGAAUACAGCCAUUAUAUACUAGAAAAGUAGAAACAGAGUAAACUAUUUUGAGGAACGCUGGAUAGUAAAUCAACAACAAUACAGUCAGAUCAAAUCAUUGAAUAUGUAAACAGAAUUAUUAAGCAAACUGUGUGUAGGCCUAAUAUUGAUAGACAGGGUAUUGGCUGACGCGAUGUUCUACAGCAUUACUUACAGACUGAUUAUUAUAGCGAGCAUUGUGCAUUGUACUGGCUACUCUGUAGUAUGUGGUAAAGCUGAAUACUACUCUGGGGAAGGAUGCUGCCCAGUCUGCUCUGCUGGAUACCAUGUUCGGAAGCACUGCACGGAGUACACCAGUACAACUUGUGCCCCCUGCCCUCCGGCCACUUUCACUGAUCAUCCCAAUGGCCUUAGUAGCUGUAGUUCUUGCAGAGUUUGUGAUAACAGUGCUGGUCUAAGCCUUAAGACAGAGUGCAUCUCCACCUCAGACACACUCUGUGAGCCUCUGGAAGGACACUACUGCACUGACCCAAUCAAAGAUGGCUGCCAAGGAGCUGUGGAACACACAAAAUGCUCUCCGGGACAAUACAUCAAAGAAAAGGGUACUUCAUCCUCCGAUAGUGUGUGUGGUGACUGUGGUAACAACACAUACUCAGACGGAACUUUCACGUCCUGCAGACCACACACAAAGUGUGAGGCGUUGGGUAAGGAGGUUAUUCAAGAGGCAACAUUGUCCUCAGAUGCCCAAUGUGGCACCAAGCAGGACUACACUGUGGCCAUCAUAGUAGGAGUGAUGAUGGCGGUGUUGCUGGCGGUGGUGAUACUGGUGAUGUUCCUUCGUAGGAAGAGACGGCGAGAAAGAGAGGAGUUUCCAGAUUUUCAACUCACCCCUACAGCAUUGUUGCUGCCGUUUCCUGUACUGCUGCUGAGUAUCAAUCUGUUAUGCCCAGGUGCUGGUCUUAGCCUGAAGAGCGAGUGCAAACCUUUCUCAGACUCAAUCUGUGAGCCCCUGGAAGGACACUACUGCACUGACCCAAUCAAAGACGGCUGCCAAGGAGCUGUGGAACACACAAAAUGCUCUCCGGGACAAUACAUCAAAGAAAAGGGUACUUCAUCCUCCGAUAGUGUGUGUGGUGACUGUGGUAACAACACAUACUCAGACGGAACUUUCACGUCCUGCAGACCACACACAAAGUGUGAGGCGUUGGGUAAGGAGGUUAUUCAAGAGGCAACAUUGUCCUCAGAUGCCCAAUGUGGCACCAAGCAGGACUACACUGUGGCCAUCAUAGUAGGAGUGAUGAUGGCGGUGUUGCUGGCGGUGGUGAUACUGGUGAUGUUCCUUCGUAGGAAGAGACGGCGAGAAAGAGAGGAGUUUCCAGAUUUUCAACUCACCCCUACAACUGCACCCCCUCUCACUCCAGCAAUAGUAUCAUCAAGUUUGCUGAUGACACCACCAUCGUAGGUCUCAUCUCCAAGGGAGAUGAAACUGCAUACCGGGAAGAGGUGCAGCGUCUAUCGGUCUGGUGCAAGGAGAACAACCUGUUCCUAAACAUCACAAAAACAAAGGAGUUGAUAGUGGACUACAGGAGGACAAAGGCUAACAUUCAACCGCUGGUCAUCGAUGGG